ACUGGCUGCAGUAAGCAGUCAUUCUCUCAGUGAAGGGAGAGAAGGGAGGGAAAGAGAAAUUGCUUUGACUGAACGGACCAGAACUCUGCUGACCUAACUGGACUGGGUCAUACUGGGAUGUGUUUUUUCCUUUCCUGUUGUUUUUUCUUUCCUGUUUAAGGCAUGUGUUUCUAUUGAAUUUUGCCAGACAGCUCUGGGCUCAAAUAGACUGAAUUAGCAAAGUUCAACUCUUUCUGGGCUUUAUGUUGUUGGAUUGGGAGGAGUUCUCCUGCAGGUCUGGAGGAUAAAGAGCUGGACAUGGAAUUCCCUUCUUUUUUGCAUCCCACCCUUUCUCUCAGUUUUUUUUCAUCAUGCGUUCAUCUUCUCUCUUACACUUUCACUGCAGACAUCCAGUGUUGAGCAGACAAAGGCAGCUGGCUUCUGUGCUUCUUUUUUGUUCAUGGGGAACAAGGGAGGAAAGGGAGCUCCCCUUCUCUUUUAAUUCAUUUGCCUUUGGAAAAAAGGAGAUGCCGGUUUGAGAAAAUACCAGCAGAUUUCCCCCCCCCCACUUUAUCAGAGAGAGGACUUUUGGAAUAUGGCUGUUUAUAUUAUUUAAACUGACACUUUCUUAGAAAACGCACGCCUCUAGUGCAUUUGUUCUUUAUUUUUGUCAUUUUUCUCAACGGUCCCUACGACCCAUCGGCAUUUCUGCUGGUGGAGGCCGUGGUGGUGAAGCCGGGGUAGGCAUGGCGCAGCAGGGAGGCACAGGGGUGGCCCACCAGGACACCCUGGCAGUGCCGCCCAUGCCCAAACACUCCGGCCUGAACGAAGACCUGGUGAAGAUCCUGCGGGAGAACCUGCUGCAGCCGGAGAGGCCGCGGGGACACCGGCGGUCGCCGUCCUCCAUCUCCCCACGCCUUUCUCCACGCAACUCGCCGCGACUGCUCCGCCGCAUGUUGCUCAACAACAACAUUCACAAGCAGAGGCGCUUCACUGUUGCACAUACAUGUUUUGAUGUGGACAAUGGCACGUCAUCAGGUCGAAGCCCCCUGGACCCAAUGGCCAGCCCAGGCUCAGGCCUCAUCCUGCAGGCCAACUUUGUCCACAGCCAGCGGAGAGAGUCGUUCCUCUACCGCUCGGACAGCGACUACGACCUCUCCCCCAAGUCCAUGUCCCGAAACUCCUCCAUUGCCAGUGACAUUCAUGGUGACGAUAUGAUUGUAACGCCAUUUGCACAGGUUCUUGCAAGCUUGAGGACCGUACGGAACAACUUUGGUGCAUUAACCAAUCUACAGCAAGACAGAGCAUCUAAUAAGAGAUCACCCAUCUGUAACCCACCCCCUAUCACCAAGACCACCUUUACAGAGGAGGCCUACCAGAAACUGGCCACCGAGACCCUGGAGGAGCUGGACUGGUGCCUGGACCAGCUGGAGACGCUGCAGACAAGACACUCGGUCAGCGAGAUGGCCUCAAACAAGUUUAAGAGGAUGUUGAAUCGGGAGCUGACUCACCUGUCAGAGAUGAGCCGAUCUGGGAACCAAGUGUCUGAAUUCAUCUCCAGCACGUUUCUCGACAAACAACAUGAGGUGGAGAUGCCGUCCCCGCAGACACAGAAAGAGAAGGAGAAGAAGAACAAGCCCAUGUCUCAGAUCAGCGGAGUGAAAAAACUGCAACACUCUUCCAGCCUCACAAACUCAAACAUCCCUCGCUUCGGCGUCAAGACGGAGACUGAGGAUGAGCUGGCAAAGGAGCUGGAACAUGUGAACAAAUGGGGCCUUAAUGUUUUUAAAAUCUCAGAAUUCUCUGGGAAUCGGCCACUGACAGUAAUGAUGUACACAAUAUUUCAGGAGAGAGACUUGUUAAAAACGUUCAAAAUUCCACUCGACACCUUUAUAACAUACCUGAUGACCUUAGAAGACCAUUAUCAUGCCGAUGUGGCCUACCAUAACAACAUCCAUGCUGCUGACGUCACCCAGUCAACUCACGUGCUGCUAUCCACCCCUGCCCUUGAGGCUGUGUUCACAGACCUUGAGAUCCUCGCUGCCAUCUUCGCCAGUGCAAUUCAUGAUGUGGACCAUCCCGGAGUCUCAAACCAGUUCCUCAUCAACACCAAUUCAGAGCUAGCCUUGAUGUACAAUGACUCAUCAGUGUUGGAGAACCACCACUUAGCAGUUGGUUUCAAGCUACUGCAAGAGGAGAACUGUGACAUCUUCCAAAACUUGACCAAAAAACAGCGACAAUCACUGCGAAAGAUGGUCAUUGACAUUGUGCUAGCAACAGACAUGUCCAAACAUAUGAAUCUGCUGGCUGACCUGAAGACGAUGGUGGAAACAAAGAAAGUGACCAGCUCCGGUGUGUUGCUGCUGGACAAUUACUCCGACAGGAUACAGGUUCUCCAGAACAUGGUCCACUGUGCUGACCUAAGCAACCCCACCAAGCCUCUUCAGCUGUACCGACAGUGGACGGACCGCAUCAUGGAGGAGUUCUUCAGCCAAGGGGACAGAGAGAGGGAGAGGGGGAUGGAGAUCAGCCCCAUGUGUGACAAACACAACGCCUCUGUAGAAAAGAGCCAGGUUGGGUUCAUAGACUAUAUCGUCCACCCCCUGUGGGAGACGUGGGCUGACCUUGUCCAUCCGGACGCACAAGACAUCUUGGACACAUUGGAGGACAAUAGAGAGUGGUACCAAAGCACUAUCCCCCAAAGUCCAUCUCCAGCUUUAGACGAGCCAGAGGACGGCACUCGACCCCCAGGAGCAGACAAGUUCCAGUUUGAGCUGACCUUGGAGGAGGACGGGGAGUCCGACACUGAAAAGGACAGUGGCAGCCAGCCGGAGGAGGAGGAGGAGGAAGAAGAGGAAAACAGCUGUACUGACUCUAAAACACUCUGUACGCAGGACUCCGAAUCAACAGAGAUACCUUUGGACGAACAGGUGGGCGAGGACGAUGAUGAUGACGAUGAAGAGGGGGAUGCAGAAGAGGAGGGGGAGACCCCCUGCUCAGAGCCGUGUGUUGCAGAUGAAGAGGUGGCAGAGGACGAAGAGGAGAAGAAAUCCCCCGACACAUAGCAGUUAUAGACAGCCUUCGAUUAACUGCUCCUCUUAGUAAUGACAGAUUAUUAUUUAUAGAAUAAAUAUUUUUUGAGUUUUGUGAAAUCUGUUUUUUAUACGUCUGUGUUUCCAAAGCGUGCGCUGCUCCUCACCCUGGGUUACUCCUCUCGUCUCCUUUAUUUAGACACGCCCAUUGGUACUACUUCAAGUUUUUUUGCACUCAGGAAGAACUCCCUUUCAUUCCCAUUCGUACUGAAGUGGUGUGUCUUUACUUCCACCUCCUCCUUACAGUCUUUAGUUGUAGACGCGGACGGUCUCCUCAGUGCUGCUCAUACAUCACAUCUGUUUUUGUUUUGUUUUGUUUGGUUUUUUUUGCUUCCGUCUCAGCCUCACCAGAAAGUUCACCUGUGUCUUUAUGUUUUAUGAAGUGCCAAUAACUCCAAAGGGUCAGUUAUUGGUGAGAGUCUCCCUUUUAUUUUUAUAUUUCUCCUUGUUCAUGUUCUCCCCUUCCACAAUAAAUUAGAAAGAAUGUUUUUGCUCAAAACCCGACAGGUCGCUGCAGCACAUUUGGGAGCUUUUUGAACCACAUUUGCCAUGUGGAAGUCUUCCUCCAUAACCUGACUGACAAAAACUAAAAUCCGAACCACCAUGAUGCUGUCCUAAACCUCUAGUUUUUUGUUUUGUUUUGUUUUUUGGUAUUGUAUGUAAGAUUCAGAUAUUUUCUAUUUCUAGAGUUUAAUUUUGCUGUCAGAGAAGUUGAGGAACCUUGUAGAAACGUAGAGGGAGACAUGUGUCAGAUGUAAAGCUUUUGGAAGCUGUUCAAAAGAGCUCCAACAGCAUUUAUACUCCUAUACCACUAUACUUGUAUUCAAUUAGUUCUGUGUCUUAAAAUCUGUAUUUUCUUUUUGGUAACUCUUAUUUUUGGAGAAAAUCUUCUCUGAGAAGGAAGCAGAAACCUGAGGUCUUGUGCUUUGCUUCUCAUGGGAGUCGUUUAUAACCUGGAGUAAGCCCUUAAAUGUUUUUAUUGUUGCCUAUAGUUCUUUUGAACACAUCCUGAGACAAUGCAAUGCUUUGUAGUUAUUACAAAAAGCACCUUUUUUAGAGGUUUGACUAGUGCUCCAAAUGUUUAGAAAUAGUAAUGGUGUUGAAAAUGACUGGGGUGAUUUUAUAACAAAGUAAAGAGAAAUUAGUUUUAUUUUCUUAGCUGUUUGACUUGGUUUAUACAUCGGCACCUGCUGCUUAUCUUUAGCCUUCAGCGAUUCAUUUUUCAUCAGAUUCCUGCCAUUAACUCCAGUUUACUGUCUUUGCUUUCAACAAGACAAUCAGCUGUACAGCAUAAAUAUCAGAUAAGACAAUUCUCUACAUUGAUACAGGUGCAUCUCCGUAAAUUACUGUAUCACUGAAAAGUUCAUUUAUUUCAGCAAUUCACUUCAAAAUGUGAAACAGUAAUGAGCUUAAUGUAUUUAUUUCAGUUUAUUUUGUUGAUUAUUAUAGGAAAAUCCUAACUCAGUUUGUAGAAAAAUCAGCAUACUAAAUUAGAUAAAUAAAAAUAGGAGUAAUAAAUAGAGAAAUGUUAUAUUAAUUUUUACACUAUUGUGGGGAAGCAGACAUCCGGUGAUAUCCACAAGGACGUUAUGCCGCGCUGUGUCGGUUUUAAAUAAGCUGGCUCACCACAGAGAGCCAGAGAGAAUAUUGAUAGAAAAUUCAAGUGGAAGGAAAAACUGCACAAGUCACAGGGAUACAUUUUUGAGAAGCUUGGAUUGGAAUUAACUGUAAAGCAUAUUCAGCUAAAUUAGCUGAAAUUUUGAUUUUAUUUAUUGUUUAAUAAAUCAAAAUGAUUUUUUGAAAAUUAUUUUUAAAUAAUUUUCUUAAUGAUAUUCUAAUUUAUUGAGAUUCCCUUGUAUUCAAAUGCACUAAUACAUUUGCAUACCAUCUCCUUAAAUAUUUUUAACCCAUUCAAACACUGACUCCUUGUUGAAUGCAGGCUUAACGUCAUUGUCUCCUCUUUUACGUUUCAAACUACGUUUUUUUUCUCAUUCUAACUCGAAGCUGUUAUUUAUUGCUAUAUAUUUUUCCAUUUGUUACAGUUGUUUUUGAAAUAUAAAGGUGGUACAGUCGAUAUUUCACUGUAGCAUAGAUAACACAAGCUUGCCAGUUAUUACACCUAAAUUCACUUUUUUCGUUUCCCCUUGUACAAAAAAAGAUAUUUUGGAAAAUAUUAACUAAUUUAAGAAAAAAUAAAAGGUAAAAAAAAAAAUUAAAUACUGCACACUGCUUUUUCAAAGAGGGUCUUGGGUUACUGAUAUGCCAUUUAAGAGAAAAAAUAUUUAACUUUUAUUUUGUGCCAAUGUUUUAUUUUAUUUUAUUCUUUUCAUCCUCACCCAAUGCCCUUACCUGUAAUAAGAAUUUCUGGUUUAUUGCUGUUUACAAACAUAUAUUUAUUGUGCUGUAUAUAAUAUAUAAUUAUUAAUGUUAUUACUAUCAUAAUGCAGUUUGCUGUAAAUGGUUGAUUCUUAUCAUCCCUUUUGGUGAUGGCGUGGCUGUAUUAUGUACCUCUUGUUGAGAGAAUGUUUAUUAACACGAGCUUUGGUGAAAAAAAAAGAAGGAAAGAAUAGAAAAAGCUCCAUCGACUUGUUGCUCACCUGAGAACUAGCUCAGAAAGAAGAGACAGAGAGAGAGGGGAAAGCCAAAUUGUUUUUUUAAAAAAGAAGCUGUUCCUUGGCCCAUGGGCUGUGCCUUAAAAUUUAACACAUCAUACACUUUUUAGCCUUUUUAAUUUUUUUAUUCUCUAGUUCUCCUUUGCUGCAUUUGGUGAAUUGCUUGGCUUUGGUUGGCCUGACGACUUGUGGAGAAAAGAUGCCUUUUUUUUUUUUCAUCAGUCACACUUAGGGGCAGAGGUUUGUUGAGGCGUUCAGGUUAACCACAAGCCAUACAUUCACUGCAUGAGUGAUUGUGGCCUGUAGCUGGAUGUCAAAGACUCGUAUUUUGCUGUAGACCUGGUCUGAACGGCUCACACUGUACUUACGCUCUGCCUCUACACUCAAAAGACAAGACUCAAGCUGUCGAAUGACUCUCUCUAUAUAUAUAUAUAUAUAAAUCCAUAUGUCAGAUUUCUGAUUGAAUCACAGCUUAAAUUUUUACCAAACACUGAAUGGGGCGUUACAGCAGUGUGUAGUUGGUGCUCGACUACGGCCAUCCGAAGCACAGAGGCUUUGGGACACAUCUGCACGUUCAGCCACUGCUGCAUUAAUUCUGGCUGAAACACUUGACGAUGUGUUGCUCAUCCAUGCUCGGCUCACACUUCCACUCACGUGAUCUGCAAUAUCCAGAACCACUGACAUGUUUCUGCCUGGACAGAAGAGGGGUCUGUUAUAUUUCUGUACUGGAGAAAAUGGGUGGGGGGUUGGGGGGACUGCAGCAUUGUCCUGAAAGCGGGACUCUUAUUUUGACACACAUACUGUAGAUUUUAAACAGCCCUGGACCAAUGGAAAUAGUGGGUUCUUUUCUCAUUAUGUGUUCUAUUUUUUUAAGGUGUGCAAGGAAAACACAAACUGUAACUUCAGAAAACAAGAAAUGGUCUUCAGGACAAUUAUUUUUUGGGGUUUUGUCUUUAGAAUGCCAACUUGUCUGGACGUUUCACGGGACAAUUAAAAUGUUAUUUUAAUGGAUUCCUUGUUAAUCGCAGUCUAUUGGAUAGCACUGUAGAUCAUACGACUUUAUCUACAAAACAAACAAAAAAGAAUGAAAAAAGUUUUUAUAUGCAAUGGAAUAAAUAAAAGCAUGGGUUGAU